AUGCCGCCGAAAACGGCGCAGGAGCUUCAGGCGGAGAAACUGAAGCAGAAGGGUAACGAGUACUUCAACAAAGGGUUUCUCGGGGCUGCUAUAGACGCGUACACGGAGGCCAUCACCUUUUCCCCAGGGGUGCCAGUUUAUUGGACCAACCGAGCUCUAUGCCACAGGAGAAAAUGCGAUUGGCCGAGAGUAGAGCAUGACUGCACGAAGGCGUUGGAACUGGACAGAAAUUCCGUCAAGGCGCGCUUUCUUCUUGGCCUUGCUCUGGUGGAGCUGAGCCGAUUCCCAGAGGCGAUCAGAGAGCUGGAGAAGGCGUUGGAAGCACUGAGGAAUGACACGCGGUUGGUGCGCAGUGACAACCUGGACGACAUCUGGCGAGUUCUUGCUUCUGCCAAAUACCGGCGGUGGGAGGAAGAGGCCAAGGCGAGGAGGGAGAAGCAGCAGGCGCUGGGAGAUGAGCUAAAGCUGCUACUAAAGAAUCGCCUGUGUCAGCAAGUAUCGCAGCUUCUUGGCAAAGAGGGCGCGCUGAAUGGGUCAGCUCAUGUGGACUUCUCCAGUUUGGGAAACACGGAUGGUCUGGACCCUCACAAGUCGGAGCAAGUGAGGACGCUAGUGCAGCAGUACCAGGAGCGACUCAACACGCUGGAAAACGUGUUUGAUAAGGCAGGAGCACCAGACAGACCUACCGAGGUGCCUGACUUCCUCUGCUGCAAGAUCACCAUGGACAUUUUCAAGGAUCCUGUCAUCACCCCCAGUGGCGUGACAUACGAACGAGCAGUGCUGGUGGAUCACCUGAAGUCAGGAAAACAGUUUGACCCGGUAACAAGGGCCCCCUUGACGCCAGAGCAGCUGGUGCCAAACCUGGCACUCAGAGAAACAGUACAACACUUUUUAGAUGAUCACGGGUGGGCCUAUAAUUUGCAAUAA